AUGCGUGUACCUACUUCUGGCUGCGGUACUAACUCGGCCUCCCUUCGCCGUGAUAUUGAGCGAUUUAUCCACCCACUAGCGCGAUCCCUCCGUCAAAAACAUCCUGCUGCUCUGGCUGCUAUUGCCACAUCCGUGAGUUCUGUGAAUAAACAAAGUGAUGUUUGUAAACCCAAGAAUGAAUCUGAUAUGAGUUUGUAUGGACGAACACCCGGAAUUAGAGAAUCUGUCACAUAUUUCUCUACACGUAUGAAUGCACUAUUAAACCGUCCACUUGAAUCUAUAAAUAGUAUAGAUGUUACGAUGCCACUUUAUCGUUGUCCAAUAUGCUGCAGUGUGGCUCCUCAUUCCGGUCCACAACCACCUUGGAUGACUCCGUUAGAAAUAACUCGACAUAUGAGUUGGUUACAUGCCUUUAAUGGAUCUACACAGAGUAGUUUUGCGGAAUAUAAUGCACGUGAAAUGAAACGUAUUUUUAAAGCACUUCCCUCAUGUACUCAUUCACGAGAUGUAGUGAAAACAGCAUUACCUUUGGCUAGAGUGGUAGUAAUGUUAGAUGUGGCAAAUAUUGAAUUAAGUACAGAAGAUAUAUUAUUUGAGUUAUUGGGAAAUGAAGAAAGUCUUCGUUUCUUUCGUCGUGUACCAUGUGCCUUUGUAUGUGUACAUGAAGUCUUUAUUCCACAUACAUCCCGUCCUGGACACACUUUCUUUCAACUCUCACGUCUUCAUCCACAUUCGGAUAUGUUUACAGUGUAUGCAGCCACACGGAGUGAAUCGGGAGAUUUCGUCUCGGCCGCACUAAUGGGAGAAUUAUUACUGCAGAGCAUGCGAGGUUGUGGUCCGCCUAUUGUGUUAUUAACAAAAGAUAGAGUUCAGAAGUUGUGUGUUGCUGAGACGUUUGGUGGUGUAGUGGGAAAAGGCGGUCGUGUGUUUCUCCCACGUAUAACGACUGCCAGUAUUCUCAACAGUCUACGAGAGGCAAAUAACGCAAGUAUGGGGUAA